UGAAUCACAUUCAUCAGACACUACUCCAACUUGACACUGUUAUUGUUUCGUUAUUUGUUCCUUUGUUUCUUGGGGAUAUUUUCCUCCUUUUUCCUUUGAGAGUUGAACCGUUCUGUUGCGAAGAUGAAGGGAGCAGUGAAGAUCGCAGAAUCCACCAAGGAGAAGCACAAGAAGACUAAGGCCAAGUCCAAGCACGGGAAGGGCUCAAUAGCCUCGUUCAAGGCUUCCAUGUCCAACUCGUCCCUGCUGUCCAUCGUCGAGCAGGUCCCGGAGGUGAACGAUGCGGCCCAAAUGGAUCUGUUGCUGGAUCUGAACAGUGGCUUCUUCGAGAGCUCGUACCAGUUCGUGCAGGCUUUGUUUGCAAAAAGCUCCUUGCUGGCCGCCAAGUUCAAGUACUACGUGGACAUCCUCUCCAGACUCCAUAGCCACUAUGCCUCCGAGGUGGCUGAGGGCAAGGCCAUGCAGAGUAAGAUCCAGAAUGCGGAUGAAAAGCUGCAGCUGGCUCUUCGCACCACAGCCACCUCGGAGGCCAUGAUGGAGCACUUGCGGGAGUCUCUGGAGGACGCCUGGCGCAGCGAGGAUGCGACCAAAAACCGAAAGGAGAUGCUGCAGAUCCAAUUGUUGUCCUACACCAACGAGGAUCAGUCGCUCACUAAGUCUAACAUCGAUGUGGUAUCGCCACUGGGGUAUGAGGGCCACAUCCGGAGCCUGGUGUACCGCGAGCGGGAUCGACUGGCGGCCGAGCUAAGAGACUAUGCCAGGCGGCUGGAGAUGAACCGACUCUACUCUGAAUCCUUGGAGGGCAUAAUCGAGGCCAACAAGGAGGCCAAUGUCAAGAUGCGGCACCAACUGCGAAUAAUCGAGGUGGAGCAGUACCGAGUGGAGAACGCACACCAGCAGGAGAUUAUUGCCUACGAGGAUAGGAUCGUGUCCAUGGGCAAGGAAAUGGAGACCCUGUUCCACCGUAACCAGGAUCUGUCGUACAGGGACAAGCAGCUGGCUGAGCUAAGCAACGCCUACGACGGCCUGAAGCUGCGCUGCGAUCGUCUGAGCCGGGAAAAUGUGACCCUGUCCCAGGUGAACCACACCAACGAGGAGGAGAGGUUCAAAUUGCAGAGCAGCGUGAAGAUGCUCGAGCGCUUGAACAACACCCAGCGUCGCACCAUAGCAGAGCUGACGGUGGCCAGGAAGCAGGCCGAGCGAGAGAUCAAAAAGAAGAACGACGAGACCAUGUUCCUGGAACGAAGGUUCUUCCAGUUGUCCAAAAAGAACACGGAACUCCAAAACCAGGCAUACCUUAACAACAAUGAAAUCAAGGUGCAGGAGAAGAAGAUAGUGAUUGCCAAUUCGAAGCUGGACGAUGCCAUUCAUCAGAGGGACGACAUGGUCCGCACCCGGGAGAAGCUCCGAAUGGAGAUCACCCGCCUGAACGACAUGGUCGCUGGGAUAAAGCAUGAGAUGUCCGUGUUGCGCCACCAGAUGCAGGACGUCCAGGAAGACCUUCACCGGGCCAACAAGCAGCUCGACGACAAGGAGGCGCAGGUGAUCAAGGCCCAGCGCGAGAAGCGGGAGGUGGUUGCGGAGCUGAAUGAGGCCUUCAAGAAGAUUGAUGGCCUGGAGGAGUCUCUGUCGAUUAAGACCGAACGCCUCGAGAUAGUCCAGGCGGAGCUGCAGCAGAAGCACAUGGACUACAUGAACGCCAAGAAGCAGAUGGAGAUCAUCCAUUCGGAGAAGGUGAUGCUGCUGAAGACGAUGGACCUGUGCUCGCGGGAUCGCACCACGCUGCAGAACACAAUGGCAAAGUUGACCCACCAGAUCAACCAGUUGACCAGUACGUUGGCCCUCAACGAAAAGGAGAUUUCCACACUCCGCAACCAGAUCGAGCAGCUGAACAGGACCACGAAGCAGAAGCAGAACGAGAUCCAUUCCAAGGAACGCCUGUUGGGCAGCACUCGCGCCGACUUGCGGGAGAUGAAGAUCCGGGCGGAGCAGUUGCAGCACACCAUCGAUGCCGACGACCAACGCUUCAAGACGAUGUCCUGUGCCGUGGAAGAGCUGAACAAGGAGAAGAGUUUGGUGGGACUGCAGAUGGUCAGGCGGAACGAUGAACUGCGUCUGCUUAAGGAGCGCGUGUCUAUGAUGCGGCAAGCCAUCAAUCGGGGCACCAUGCAGUACAACCAGCGCUUGGAGGACAUACGGCUGCUCAAGCUCGAGGUGGCCAACGUGCGAAUGUCCCACGAAUGCAUGCAGCGCGAGGUGGGCAAGAAGGGCGCCCUGCGGCGGGAUGUGAUUAGGCUGGAGCGGAUGCUCAACCAAGAGAGGCUGCGGGUGACCGCAUAUGGGGAGGAGCUGGCCCGUCCCUGUCGCAUCCACCGCUGGCGCGUCCUCCUCGGCAAGGAUCCGAAGCAGUACGAGCUGCUGCGCAAGGUCCAGACUUUGUUGCGCCGGAAUAUUAAGCUUUCCCUCGAGCGGGAGAAUAUGGCCAAGGAGCUGGAGGAAUCGAAGCGGCAGUACGAAGGCCUCAAGCGUACUAUCAAGCACAUGCCCGAUCCCAGCGUGCGGGAGAAGCUCUGCGUCCAGCAGCGCAUCAACCGCAAACAGAGCCGACGCCUUAAGGCUGCCACUGCGGAGCUGAGGAUCAACGAGAUCGAGUUGAAGGCCCGUGAACGCCUCAUUGACGGAUUCCAGGAUCAGCUGCGACAAAAAAUCCGUGCCAGGGGUAGCGGCGACGGCAAGGAUCCUGCAGCCAUGGCCAUCGACGAGAGGUUCAUGGACACCAUUUACGACAGCUCCACCUCGAACCAUGGCAUCAAACUAAAGUACUGCAAGAAGAACAUGAACCGGGCCUUAAGCUCUGACAAGGAUGUGUAUGGCAGCCACCUAAGCGUGAAUUCUUAAAGUACAUAAAUAACCAACUUAACUCUUACAUAUUUGCAUUAAAUUUUAUUUCCUUAAUA